CUUAAAAUUAAUGGAUCUAGAGAUCUUACCUGAAUGGAAUGAAAAAAAUAUAAUGAAAUGCAGCUGCAUCACUCACUCUCCCUGGAAAUGCUUCAGAUCAUCCUCUAUCUCUCAAACCCUAACAACCUCUCCAUCAAAUUCUGCAAAUCACUACCAGAGCGAUCUCUCCGAAUAAAUAAAUAAAUAGACAAAUCAAGGCACCAAGACCGAAUCAAAGAUGUAUAUGGCAUACGGAUGGCCGCAGGUGAUCCCUCUAGAACAAGGACUCUGUCCUUCACAGCAGCGGAUCAUUUAUUUCAAAGUCAUCAAUCGCCUCUUCCUUGUUGUCUCUCCUUCUCGCCUCGAGCUCUGGAGCUCCUCUCAGCAUAAAGUGAGGUUAGGCAAGUAUAAGAGAGAUGCGGAGUCGUUGGAGAGAGAAGGCGAAAAUAUACAGGCUGUGUGGAGUCCUGAUACCAAACUGAUAGCCAUUCUUACAGCAUCUUUCUUUUUACAUAUAUUCAAGGUUCAAUUCUCUGAAAAAAGAAUACAAAUUGGAGGGAAGCAACCAUCUGGCUUGUUUCUUGCUAAUAUAACUCUUGUUCUUAGUGAGCAAGUGCCCUUUGCAGAUAAGGAAUUGACAGUGAGCAAUUUUGUAAGUGAUAACAAACAUAUGUUACUAGGACUUUCCAAUGGAUCUCUAUACAGUAUCUCCUGGAAGGGAGAGUUCUAUGGAGCUUUUGAAAUUAAUCCCUAUUCACGUGACAGCAGUGAUACCUCCAUCUCACCACAUUCUUUAGGUAACGGUUUUGCUUCUGGAAGGGCUUCAUCAGGUUCUGUAUCUAAUCAUAAUAUCACCAGGAAGACUGCUAUUGUGCAGCUGGAACUUUGCUUGCCGAUGAGGUUGCUGUUUGUCUUGUAUUCUGAUGGACACCUAGUAUCAUGCUUUGUCAGCAAGAGAGGUUUAAAGCAAGUUGAAUAUAUCAAACCUGAAAAAACGAUAGGUUCUGAUGAUGCUGUAUGUACUUCAGUAGCUUCAGAUCAACAAAUCCUUGCUGUUGGUACCAGAAGAGGGGUUGUUGAGUUAUACAACCUAUUAGAAUCUGCAUCUCUCAUUCGUUCUGUGUCUUUGUCUGACUGGGGCUAUUCCAUGGAUGAAACUGGUCCUGUCAGUUGUAUCGCGUGGACACCUGAUAAUUCUGCUUUUGCUGUUGGGUGGAAGUUAAGAGGACUUACAGUAUGGUCGGUAUCUGGGUGUUGUUUGAUGUCAACAAUUCGUCAAAUUGGUUUAUCUUUAUCUUCUCCAAAGGUUAAGCCAAACCAAGAAUGUAAAUACGAGGCAUUGAUGAAUGGCACCUCAUUGAUGCAAUGGGAUGAAUAUGGUUAUAAGCUUUAUGUGAUUGAAGAAGAGUCUCUUGAGAGAGUUAUUGCAUUUUCAUUUGGCAAAUGCUGCCUCUCCAGAGGAGUUUCAGGAAUGACAUAUGUUCGUCAAGUUAUUUAUGGUGAAGAUCGGUUGCUUGUUGUACAGUCCGAAGAUACUGAUGAACUCAGAAUUCUACAUCGAAACCUUCCAGUUUCCUAUAUCUCCCAAAACUGGCCAGUUCAACAUGUUGCGGCUAGCAAGGACGGAAUGCACUUAGCUGUUGCAGGCCUCCAUGGGUUGAUCUUAUAUGAUAUACAGCUGAAAAAGUGGCGAGUGUUUGGAGAUAUUACUCAGGAACAAAAGAUUCAGUGUAAAGGGUUAUUAUGGCUAGGGAAGAUUGUUGUUGUCUGCAACUACAUUGAUUCUUCUAACACGUAUGAAUUACUUUUUUAUCCAAGAUACCACCUUGACCAGAGCUCCUUACUUUGUCGAAAGCCAUUGCUUGCUAAACCAAUGGUGAUGGAUGUCUAUCAAGACCAUAUACUUGUCACAUAUCACCCGUUUGAUGUCCACAUAUUCCAUGUGAGAUUGUUAGGUGAACUGACUCCUUCUAGCACUCCAGAUUUGCAGCUUUCUACAGUACGAGAACUUUCUAUCAUGACUGCAAAGAGCCAUCCUGCAGCUAUGCGUUUCAUCCCUGACCGGCUUCCAAGAGAGUUGGCCUCAGACAAUCAUAUUUCAUCGUCAGAGUUUUUGGACACAGUGCCUGCUAGUUGUUUGAUACUGAGAACAAAUGGGGAACUUUCGCUUUUGGAUUUGGAUGAUGGACAUGAAAGAGAGCUCACUGACUCUGUUGAAUUAUUUUGGGUUACUUGUGGUCAAUCAGAGGAGAAGGCAAGUCUAAUUGAGGAAGUCUCUUGGCUGGAUUACGGCCACCGAGGCAUGCAGGUUUGGUAUCCAUGUCGAGGUGCUGAUCCUUUUAAACAGGAAGACUUUUUGCAGUUGGAUCCAGAACUAGAAUUUGAUCGUGAAGUGUAUCCUCUAGGGCUUCUUCCAAAUGCCGGGUUGGUUGUUGGUGUUUCCCAGAGAAUGUCCUUUUCAGCUUGCACUGAAUUUCCAUGUUUUGAGCCAUCUCCUCAAGCUCAAACCAUACUGCAUUGCUUACUCAGACACCUUCUUCAGAGAGACAAAACAGAGGAGGCUUUGCGGUUAGCACAUUUAUCAGCAGAAAAGCCUCACUUUUCCCAUUGCCUGGAAUUGCUCCUUUUUACUGUAUUUGAUGCAGAAAUUUCAAGGCAAAAUGUGAUCAAGAACCAGGUAUCUGUCCCUAAACAUGCUGGCAACUGCUCUCUUUUGGAGAAGACCUGUGAUUUGAUAAGAAACUUCUCAGAGUAUCUUGAUGUAGUUGUGAGUGUUGCGAGAAAAACUGAUGGUCGAUAUUGGGCAGAUUUAUUCUCUGCUGCUGGAAGAUCAACAGAGUUGUUUGAAGAAUGCUUCCUAAGGAGAUGGUAUCGCACUGCGGCUUGCUAUAUACUUGUGAUUGCGAAACUUGAAGGGCCUGCUGUCAGUCAAUACUGCGCCUUACAAUUAUUGCAGGCAACACUUGAUGAAUCUUUGUAUGACCUUGCUGGAGAACUGGUGCGCUUCUUGCUGAGGUCUGGAAAGGAAUAUGACCAGACAUCGACUGAUUCAGAUAUACCAUCUCCCAGAUUUUUGGGUUAUUUUCUUUUCCAUUCCAGUUACAAGGAGCCAUCAUUGGACAAGAGUAAUUCCUUGAAAGAGCAAAGUGCUCAUAUUGCUUCUGUGAAGAGCAUCUUAGAAAGCCAUGCUAGCUAUUUGAUGUCAGGGAAAGAACUUUCCAAGCUUGUGGCUUUUGUAAAAGGCACUCAGUUUGAUUUAGUGGAAUACCUUCAACGAGAAAGAUAUGGUAGUGCUCGCUUAGAGAAUUUUGCAUCAGGGCUGGAAUUGAUUGGGCAGAAGCUUCAAAUGGGAAUGUUGCAAAGCCGGUUGGAUGCAGAGUUUCUAUUGGCUCAUAUGUGUUCUGUGAAGUUCAAGGAAUGGAUUGUUGUUCUGGCCACACUUUUAAGACGAGCUGAGGUUCUUUUUGAUCUUUUCCAGCAUGAUAUCAGGUUGUGGAAAGCAUAUAGCAUCACCCUUCAGUCACGCCCUGCAUUUUCUGAAUACCAUGAUCUGCUUGAAGGCUUGGAAGAGAGACUCUUAUCUGUCUCAAAUUUGCAAGAGAAAUGAGGGUGGGUUUGGAUCUCUAACCAGAUUUCCUGGAAAAAAAGAGAUGGUAUUCAAAGUGACCCUUGUCAUGGUUGAGGUGUUCUCGAGCAUCACGUUCCGGUCGAAUCAUGUUCCCAGUGGAUGAGCAUCACGUUCACGGUCUGAUAUGUGCAAGUUGAUGUUCGGGGUGGCCUUUUCAUCAUAAUAACCAUUUAUCUCUUUGAAUCACAAAAUCUUUGUAGAUAUGAGUUCUUCUAUAGUCUUCACCUGUGUAUAAUCAUUUUUUCUAUUGUAUGACAUGUAAAUAAAAUAAUUUGUCCAAAUAAAAUUACUCAAGUUAUUGGGUCUCGUGCA